AUGCGCUGCCCUGCGCUGCGCUGCGAUGCGAUGCGAUGCGAUGCGACGCCAGUCGAAGCACGUGUUCGACGCCUCCGAGUUUGGGCUCUCAAGUCUGUCGGCCUUGGACCAAUCAGCUCGCCCGGCCCGGUCAGACAAGGCAGGCGUGUAUGCAGCACGCGUUGGGCUGAGUGCAAUCGGGCCAUUUUUAUGCUCCAUCCAUUGUUGGCUGCACCAAUUGACCGCCGAGAGGCCGUUCGAGCAGACUGUGCACGCGCGCACUCGCGCACUGCUGCCUGCUCGCGCACGCUGACGUGCAGGCCGUGCCCGCGUGCACUGGCGCACGCGGGCCAGCACACUGACGCACACGGGCCAGCACACUGA